AUGCUGCUGGAGUUUAAUUCUAGGGAAUCCAUGCAGAAUAUCAUAGAGCUCUCCAUGUUAGAGUUUCAGUCAAAAGUAGUAGAUUCAAAUGGAGAUCAGACUUUAUUGCAUAAGGGAGUGUUCAACUGCCAGACAUGCAAGUGCAAGAAACCAGGCUGUAGUGACGUAGGAGGUGAUGAUAUCAUAGCAGGGAACGUGAGCAAGUACAUUGUUCUCCCGGCUGGUUAUUGUGGACAGCCUAAAAAAGGACAUCUUAUAUUUGAUGCCUGUUUUGAAAGUGGUAAUCUUGGACGGGUGGACCACAUCACAGAGUUUGAGUAUGACCUGUUCAUUAGACCAGAUACCUGUAACCCACGCUUUCGAGUUUGGUUCAACUUCACUGUCGAAAAUGUGAAAGAAUCACAGAGGGUAAUUUUCAAUGUUGUCAACUUCAGCAAAACAAAAAGCCUUUACAGAGAUGGAAUGGCUCCAAUGGUGAAAUCCACAAGCAGACCGAAAUGGCAAAGAAUACCCUCUAAAAAUGUGUAUUACUAUCACUGCCCGGACCACAGGAAGAACUAUGUCAUGUCAUUUGCGUUUUGCUUUGACCGUGAAGAUGACACUUAUCAGUUUGCUUACUGCUACCCCUACACCUAUACUCGCCUUCAGCACUAUCUUGACAACCUACAAAGGAGGAACAUGGACUACUUUUGCAGAGAACUGCUAGGACUCAGUGUGCAGAGACGGCAGCUUGACCUCCUGACAAUAACCAGCCCUGCGAACCUGCGUCCAGGUGCAGAACAGAAAGUGGUGUUCAUCACUGCGCGUGUCCACCCUGGGGAAACGCCAUCUUCCUUCGUGUGCCAAGGUAUAAUUGAUUUCCUUGUGAGCCAGCAUCCUAUUGCAAAAGUACUGAGAGACCACCUGGUAUUCAAGAUUGCACCUAUGCUCAAUCCUGAUGGAGUAUACCUAGGAAAUUACAGGUGCUCCCUGAUGGGGUUUGAUUUAAACCGGCACUGGGCAAAUCCAUCUCCGUGGGCUCAUCCCACCCUGCACGGAGUGAAACAGCUCAUCAUCGAGAUGUACAACAACCCGAAGAUUAACCUGGAGUUCUAUAUUGACAUCCAUGCCCACUCCACCAUGAUGAAUGGCUUCAUGUAUGGGAACAUCUUUGAAGACGAGGAAAGAUUUCAGCGACAGGCUAUUUUACCCAAGCUACUCUGUCAAAAUGCUGAAGAUUUCUCUUAUUCCAGUACAUCCUUCAACCGAGAUGCUGUGAAAGCAGGGACAGGCAGGCGUUUUCUUGGUGGGCUGUUAAAUGAUACAUCCUACUGCUACACACUGGAAGUCUCAUUCUACAGCUACAUCGUGGGUGGAACUACUACUGCUGUCCCCUACACAGAAGAAGCAUAUAUGAAGCUUGGAAGGAACGUGGCCAGGACAUUCUUGGACUACUACAGACUGAACUCCUUGGUGGAAAGACCGCUAGCACCUACUCCUAAAACUCGGAAAGAAAAGGAGCCGCUUUUUAAAGGCACUACCCCGCAGGGUCAAGGGACCAGCCAUGCCGGCGGCAAGCUGGAGAAGAGGAGCCAGACGCACCCAAAGGACCAGUCUCUCUCCACGCGAUGA